UGUCGGGAGAAAUGCCUAGACCUGGCAGGAGGAAGGCACUCAAAGGAAGGAAGCAACAAGGGGGAUGGGGAGAGGGAUGGGAAGGAGAGCACAUGUAUGCCCGGGACUUACAGCCGGCGUAUAGCUUUGGCUUAUCCCCAGCCAUCACGAUCUCUCGUUCUGCAUGUUACCGCCCUAAUCCCUAUCUCGACUUCCAUGCGAAGCCGGCCUCGUUUUCUCAAGCACCACCUAGCACCGCCAAAGCGUCAUCAUUUCUUAAAGCAUGCCGAUCGAAAUUGCUGACGUGGGAGAGCCGGCGCCCGAGAACCCGACCAGCCAGUGGCAGAUGCAGCUGCGGGACAUCAUCCGCCUAUUGCAAUGCCCGGCUUGCUCGUCGCCACUCAAGAAGCCCGUCACCCUCCCCUGCGGCAAAACAUACUGCGAGAGCUGUCUACCGGCGUUACACAGACGGGAGAACACCUCAUGGCCGGGAACUCUAAACAGACAGUGGGGUAUUCACUGCCCCGACAUCGAGUGCAGCAGAGCGCAUGUCCAGGGAGACUAUGGCCCGGACAUCAUGGUCCGCCGCGUCCUUGAGGCUGUGGAGACCGUUUUACAGAACGGGGCCGACUCGCCCGCCCGAACCGGUCUUCAGACAACGAUCAUCUUCGAGAGCCCGCAGAAGAACAUGCUGACGACCCUCGAAGGUGGAACCCUUCUCGCCGCUUACAAGUUGGUGUCACUCGGGGGUUUGGAACGCAGCAUUAAUCCCGGGUUUCGGCCGCACGAAUGCGACGCCCGGGCGGUAAGAGCCUUCGACGAGGAGCUGCUGGCGCAAAUCAAGAGCGCGGCAAGGGAAGAACUCAGCUGCGAAGUCUGCCGGAUCGGCCGCCUGGUCAGCCCGCUCACGACUCCGUGUGGUCACACAUUCUGCCAUAUGUGCCUACGCAAGUCGAUCUACCUCGGCGAGGACAAGAACUGCCCGUUGUGUCGCCGGCCCCUGUCGUUACGGUUCGGGAGUACACCCGACUCGCGCCCUGGUAUCUUGAGCGCCUUCCUCCAGCACACAAACGAACUCACCGGGAGCGUUCCCUCCGAGGAGGCGGGCUGGGACACAUGGGGCUGCGUAUCAGAAGACAGACCCAUGCUGCUUGCGCAAGCGUUAUUCCCGGGUAUGAUCGCGACGCUCGAUAUUCCUGAUCACUAUUGGGUUGCCGUUCACCGCGCCCUCGAAGGCGACAAAAUCCUCGCUGUGUGUGCCACGAUCAAUGGCACACCCACGGGCGUUGGCACGCUCGCCAAAAUCUUGGAAAAUAACCGGUUCGAGAACAUGUCCCGCAUCAAAGUGAUGGGCGUAGCAAGGUUCCGUGUCUCGCGCACCAGGGCGGCGAACGAUGGCUGCGUUGUCGGCGAGAUCUGGCCCUUGGACGACAUCAGCCUCGCCGACGAGGAGGAUAAUGAGGCCAGGGAAACAAUGGGAAACCAUAACAAAAAUAACAUGACGUGCAGGGCAGACGUUCCUCGAACAGCGACCAGAUGUCUGUCCGGGCUCGCCACGUAUGUCAUUCACAAAUGCUUGACAAAGGGCGGCCACGCUUGGCUCAAGGAGGGCGCGGCGUUCUCGAGACAUUUUGGACAAACAUUUCCCUACGACCCAGUUGUGCUGCCCUGGUGGUUCGCCAAUAUUGCCCCCAUUAGCGACAGUCAAAGGGUCGGGCUGCUCGUCAGCAAAAGCGUGCGGGAACGGCUGCAAAUCUGCUGGGGCUGGUUGUUCGACUUCGGAAUUGACAGGUUCGGUCUUUGAUCACUGGAUUGUAUCCAGUACCUGGGGUUGGUUACGGAAAUGGUCGUCGUUGAGGGCGGCGGCCCGGGUGGUUUUGAUACCUGAGAACAGCGAAGACAUACCAUAGGUACCUACCAGUCAUAUCGUAUAUAGUACAGCGUUUUCGUUUAUUCCCAACACUCCAUCUCAGUCCGUUAAUUCGUUAGAGCGUUAACUAUCGAUCGAGAGGAAAAAAAAGGGGUUUAAGUGGAGAGAAAAGACA